UGUUGGUUGCCUAUCCAACUCACAGAUCCAACUAUAACCUCAAACACAAACAAAGUAAAGUAGGUUUUUUAAAAAUUCAGAAACAAUGAGAUAAUAAUGUCUUUAAUACCGGAAGAUGGAGAUCUGGAAGAAUAUUAUAUCCAUGAGUACUCUGAUAUGUACCGACAUGAAGAAACCGCCUUAGAUAUUUGGAAUAAUUGUGUUGUACUCUCUAUUUUAAGCGUAGCCCCUUCUGUACUCUACUUAGUUGUAUCUAAUUUUCUAUUUGGAUGUUUAUUAACCACAGGCAUCCCAUCGUCAGUAUUACAUUUCACUACCGGAUGUGUUGGUAUUUAUUUAGUAUCUACACUAGAAUCUCAUUUUGGACAAAUUGUUUUAAUGUUUUGUUGGAUUGUUUCCUAUGUUUUACUUCAUAUAGGCUUUUAUUUAAGAAGCUACUCUAAAACCUCAGUAUUUCUAAAAAUCACGUUUAUACUGCUUUUAGUGUUAUGUGAAUAUCACUUAAUUGAGCCACAAGUGUGGCUGCAAAUCCGCGGAAUUGUCAUGGUGUUGGUCAUGAAAGUUUUGUCGCUAACGGAUGAUGUUAACAAAUUAGACUCAAUGCCAAGCUUUAUUCAGUAUUUUGGAUACACCCUAUGUGGGGCUAAUAUUAUGUUUGGGCCCUGGAUUUCAUUUGGGGAUUACUUGAAUUUAUACAAAAAAAACACAAAAAAGAAUCUCAUUUGGAUUUGUGCCAUUGUUAAAGUUCUCACUUCUUCCUUAUUUUUUCUAACCUUGUCAAAUUGCUGGAGCGCCUACUUCAUAUCAGAUGACUCAAACCGAUGGCUAACAGCAUACAAAGAAGCAUUUGCCUUCAGGACAAGUCACUAUUUUAUUAGUUACUUAGCGGAGGUUGGGAUGAUUGCAGCUGGUUUUACAAAUUCCUCAAAACGCGAUUCUUUCAAUCAGUACAGAUUCAUAAUAACCGAGCCUCUGGAAAUCGAAUUCCCGUCCUCUCUAUCAAUAGUCGUCAAGAAAUGGAACCAACCGAUGCACGAUUUUCUCAAAAAAUAUGUUUAUUAUUCCUGGUUGAGUUUUGGGAAAUUUUACGCAAUUGUUGCGACCUUUCUAAUCUCAUCGUUACUCCACGGCCUUGAACUCAAAGUAUCCAUGGUUUUAGUCUCAAUUGGGGUAUUCUCGUAUUUACAAGUGGUGCCAAGGGACCGAAUUGCCGAAAUAUUUGAUUGUUGCGUGAGAGUCCGUCCUUGUAAAGACUGUAAACAUAAAUAUAAACGUGAUAAUAUUAGAGUUAGGAUUAUUUUACUCAUUUAUUCGCUUGCUACAGUAUUUCAUUUAGCUUAUUUAGGAGUCUUGAUGGACCCCUCAACUGACGAAAUCGGUAUAUAUGACAAGUGGCAGAAUCUCUACUUUGUUAGUCACAUUGUAAUGUUUUUUAAUGUAAUGGUCAUUUUGUGAAUAAAAUACUGCUAAAACCACA